AACAGAAUCAGAUAGGAAUGUUCCACAAAAUUUACCGAAUAAACAUAGGAACUUAAUAGCCCACUUAACAUUUGUAUCCAAGAACAGGACCGUGCGUUUAGAUGUAACUUAUAACUUGCGCAGGUAUACAGUUACAGUGAAUCUGCGGAGGUGACGUCACGACGCACCGGUUUCCAUGGGAACUGCAGCAGGCAGCGGAAGCUUCCCAAGACAGCAGCCUGACAGCUAUAUGUGAUUCUGAAGUGGAAGAAGGACCGAAAAUCCAAUCUGUUUACACGCUAAGGGAGUGUUCUGAAAUGCACAUCACAGAUCUGAAGUUUGUGGGAGAUAAUCGUGAAGGAGAAGAAGAAGGAGGGGAGAGAGCGAGAGAUAGAGAGGAGGAGGAGAAGAAGAUCCCAGAAUUGAAAGAGGAAUUGUUAGAACAGGACAUUGGAGUGUGUAAAUCUGAGGGGAGCGACAUGGGGCUGAAGUUUGUGGCAGAUCAUCGUGAAGGAGAAGAAGGAGGAGGGGAGAGAGCAAGAGAUAGAGAGGAGGAGGAGGAGAAGAAGAUCCCAGAAUUGAAAGAGGAAUUGCUAGAACAGGACAUUGGAGUGUGUAAAUCUGAGGGGAGCGACAUGGGGCUGGCUUGUCACUUGUGUGGGGAACUCAGAGUAAAAGUUGAAGUGCAGGGCUGGGGCUCCUCCAAACCACUCUCCUCCUCAUCCUCCUGCAGCAACAUUGGAGUGUGUAAAUCUGAGGGGAGCGACAUGGGGCUGAAGUUUGUGGGAGAUCAUCGUGAAGGAGAAGAAGGAGGAGGGGAGAGAGCAAGAGAUAGAGAGGAGGAGGAGGAGGAGAAGAAGAUCCCAGAAUUGAAAGAGGAAUUGCUAGAACAGGACAUUGGAGUGUGUAAAUCUGAGGGGAGCGACAUGGGGCUGGCUUGUCACUUGUGUGGGGAACUCAGAGUAAAAGUUGAAGUGCAGGGCUGGGGCUCCUCCAAACCACUCUCCUCCUCAUCCUCCUGCAGCAGCUCUUCAUCAAGGAGGUCAGCCUCCAUGGUGUACAUGCCCUCGAUCUCUUCCUCAGUCAGGGCCCUCCUCCUCUUCAGUGACUCAACCAGAUGCUAG